CUCCCUGUCUCUCUCCCCCCAUUCAAACCUUUCUCUCUCUUCCUCUUUCUAUGUCCCCAUUCAAACCUUAUAUUAUUACACGUCGCUCUCACUUUACCAUUUGCUCGUACCGUCUGCUGCCACUUCCCCUCUUACCAUAUUCAUAUAUAUAGACGCUUGCCCUCUCCAUUUUCACUGCCCAUUUCAGCCUUUGAAUUUGAGCUUCGAAGGCGUUGUUAAGCUACGCACAUUGGCAAAGCUUUAAGGAUGCAUCGCUGCAGUAAUUCUCAGACCAAUUCCUUUUCGAUGCUAUUCAACACCCAGCCGCUUGACGAAGCCGAUAUGUACCCGUAUUCCUUCCCCCCCUCCUCCUCCUCCUCCUCCUCCUCUUCUGUUGAUUGUACUCUCUCUCUUGGAACGCCGUCCACUCGCCUCAGUGGCGACGGCGACAAGCGGAGCCACCAUGAUCGCCGCCCCAGCUCCUGCAUGUCGGGCUACUGCUGGGAUAUGUUGCAGGCCAAGAAUGCUCCCUCGUCGCCACCAACUCACAAGGCCAGCCGCGGAGGCAAUGGCGGCACUGGCAAGAGCCCUGGCGCCGACCCUCUCCUUGCCAGGCGCUGCGCUAACUGCGACACCACCUCCACUCCUCUCUGGCGUAACGGCCCAAGAGGCCCGAAGUCACUUUGCAAUGCCUGCGGAAUUCGGUUCAAGAAGGAGGAGCGGAGAGCAACCGCCGCGGCGGCGAGCGGGGCGGCGCCGGGAGCAAUGGAGCAGCCUCAGCACAUGAUAAACAACUCGUGGGUGCAGCACCCGCAGUCCCAGAAGCUGCCGUGCUUCUCUCCGGCCAUCGGUGGCCACGAAUUCAGGUUUAUCGACGAUGCCGACCGCGACGGCGAAGGCGGCGGCAUUCCCUUCCUUUCAUGGCGGAUUAACGUGACGGACAGGCCCAGCCUCGUCCACGAUUUCACCAGAUAAUUGAUCAAAUCGAUGAAUCGACCGGUCAUCUACGACGCCUGUGAAUCAAAUCAAAAUUCUUUUCCUCUUUAUGUUUGAAAAGCUAGCUCGACCGUCCAUCUAACGUGAGAUGGGUGCCAAAAUGGGGUAAUCCGACGUUGUUUUUAGUGGCUUUUUUUUUUUCUUUAGAUCUUUCUAUUAACCCUUUUUCUUUCAGUCUGCGAAAUCCACCACCAUAUAUUGCUACUUUUUCUUGUUUAGUCUCUGAUUCAUACACUUUUCUUUCUUUUUUUUCUUCUCUCAAUGGGAUACGUGGAUCUAUGUGUUGUCCAUCACUUCUGUUAACUGCAGUUUAGUGCUCAAAACACACACACACACACACACACCCGCAUUUUGUGUAUACCUGAGAGUCUGAAAAUUUAGGUCUAUAUUUUUCUGGGAAUCUGGCAGUGCAUGUGUUUUCUGGAUUACAGAAACUGAUG